AUGGGCGGUGAGCUGGACGGGUGCGGUGGGCGGUUGCGCGGUAGGGCUGGUGAUGGUGUGAAGGCAGGACGAUGGCAUGGCUUUGCGGUUGAGCCGGGCUCCGACUGCUGCACGUGCACGGCGGUCAUGUGUCAGGCCCUCGCAUCUGGCUCCUUCGUUACGAGCACUGCAAUUACAAGCGACACCAACGUCGACACCAACGUCGACGCCGCCGCCCAAUGCCUGCGUCGCCUGCGUCGCCCUCGUACGGUCGGCAUGGAUGACCAACGCGCCCGCCCCGGCAAUGUCGCCCAACACGCCCCAGCCAACGCACCCAGAGCGCAAGUCGCGAAUCCAACCGCGUCCAAAGUGCAGCAGCCCACGCCCCAGGCUCUGCCCUCGCGCUCCGGCCCCAGCUCCAUCCUGGUCUCGCCCAGGCAGAAAGGAAACCCCAUCUUGAACGGCGUCAAGUCGGUCGCCUGGGAGUACUCUGACAUCCCCGCUGACUAUGUCGUCGGUGCUACCACAUGCGCCCUGUUCCUCUCCCUCAAGUACCACCGCCUGCAUCCAGAGUACAUCUACAACCGCAUCCGCGACUUGAAGGGCCAGUACAACCUGCGCAUCUUGCUCACCAUGGUCGACAUUGAGAACCACGAAGAGUCACUGCGGGAGCUAUCAAAGACGUCACUGGUCAACAACGUCACCGUCAUGCUGUGCUGGAGCGCACAGGAAGCUGGUCGCUACCUGGAGCUGUUCAAGACCUUCGAGAACGCUGCGCCGACCAGCAUUCGUGCCCAGCAGUCGUCGACGUACUCGGAGAAGAUGGUCGAGUUCAUCACCGUGCCUCGCAGCAUCAACAAGACGGACGCGGUUGGCUUGGUCUCCAACUUUGGGAGCGUUCGCACGGCUAUCAGUGCAGGCCCCGAAGAGAUUGGACUCAUCGCUGGCUGGGGAGACAAGAAGGUCCAGCGUUGGUGCAACGCAGUCAGGGAGCCUUUCAGGGUCAAGAAGGCAGCAAGAAGAAGUCUUAAUCGCGAGGACAGUCGUCCGGCUGCAUCAAUGGAGAUCUCCAUGGCGGAAGAGGAGGACUUGCCACCAACAGAGACUGCUGUUGCAGCCACGGCACGUCAGAGGUUGGACGAUGCAGUGCCGUUGGCUAUGGACAUGCAAAGAGCUUCUCUGGGUGCGGCCGCUGAAUCAGAUGCAGACAAGCGGCCUGACCGUCGUCCUGCUGAGGAUCUCGACAACCUCAUCGUGGGUGACGAUGAGGAGGAGGCAAUGCGUGACAUAGAGACGGGUCGUGUGGGUGUCAGCAGUGGAAGUCAAAUCAUCGCGUCCAAGCCAGCAAAGAGGAAACAAAUAGAGGAAGACAUGAGCGAAGGCGUCAUGGCAGCACUUAACAAACUGCGGAAGCAAUACUUGUUACGAUUCUGCGUCGAGAUGGCUUUCAACCUGCUGCCCGUUGAACUUCACAUUGAGAUAUUCACUUACCUUCCAGCAUCUGACCUCAAGAAUGUGCGCCGCGUUUGCAAGAAGUUCUGGGACACUGCUUCUCCAACGCUUUUUCGCAGUAUAGUCGCAUGCGCCAGAUACAAAGCGUUGGGGGCAUUUCAGAACAUCUCACUCCACUCGAUUUACCCAAAGUAUGUGAAAGAGAUUGUGUUUGAUUCCUCUCUCUACAACAAAAGCAUGGCCAAGCAGGAGCGGAUGUAUGCCCAUGCAGUAGCCAGAAUUGAGGGACAUCAACCAGGACCACCGUCUUGGUUUGGUCAGACCAGGUGGAAGCGGUACCAGGAGCUGUUUACCGAUCAACAGGAAAUGGUCACCAGCGGGGUUCUAAUACAAACAAUUGCACGAGCCUUGGAUCAGUUGCCACAUGUGACAUCAAUCGUGUACUCGCCUCAUCCACAUUUCAUUCCUAUCGAGGCCAAAGUUGUGCGCGAUCUGCUUCCGCGAGGGAUCGGUCCUACCUCUCGCUACAUGCCAGAGGGGCUUGCUCGCUCAAGCUAUGACUAUGCAUCCUCGUCGCAUGCGUUUCGACAGCUCAUUGGUGCAAUCUAUCUGUCCCAAUAUACCGGAGUUCGCAAAUUCAAGGUCGAUCGGAUGCGGACAGGAGAACCGGGUACUGAGUUUUCUAUCUCCAUCUUUGACUUGCCAACAGCAGACGACGAGCAAGCUGCAUUACAUCUGUUCAGCCGUCUACAACAUCUCGAGCUGAACAUGGCCUUUUAUACAGAAACCCGUGGGUGUUCUCUCAGCGUGGUAUCGAAAAAUCUCGCCAAACGGGCUAAUCUACUCAUCGCUGCCCAGGAUCUCAAGUACUUGGCUAUCCACAUUACUCACUGGAAGAAAGCUGCUUUACACAUGUACGACAGCUCCUUACUCCAACACCAGGUCUUUGCCUGCCUUGGCUUGCGAACGACGUGGCCCAAGCUGCAAUCGCUGAGCCUUGAAGGCAUCUACGCAGAAGAACGUGAUUUCAGUGAAUUACUCAAGCGACAUUCAGGAACACUGAAAUCCGUCACGUUCAGACAGUGCAGUUUGUUCAAGGGCGUUUGGGCCGAUAUCGUCGACGAAGUCGUCUACAACUCAAAGAUAUUUCCGUUCGUCUUGGAUCUUGUCAAUGAAACCAAUCUGCCAGGGGAAGACUGGAUGAGUCUCGGCGAUGCAGAUCGAGAGAGUUGGAGGUAUGAGGGCCAUCUGAUACAAGCAGAAGAUGGCGACCGCACGUUUAUCGAGAAUGCUGCAAACAAAAAGUCGGUAUACGACUCACGUAAAUGA